GACUCUCAUUCGGUAUUCGUUUCUCAACGCAGCAACAGAGUCGUCGGAAAAUAAAGCAACAGAAAAAGCAACAGAGCCCCAGCUACGAAAAUAGCCAAGUGCAAGUGCAUAAGCAAAAGAAAUACAUAGGAGAUAUAUAUGUAUACAUAGUACAUAUCUGUGGACUGGGUCAAGCAUAAAACGUGUUGAAUAAAAUCCACUUCGAUGUCUAUUAAUUCGCCAAUAUCGUUCAAAAACUCGGACCUGCAUUGAACAGGCAAAAAGCAAAAGCAAAAGAAAACCCACAAACCAAAAUCAAACUAAAAAACACCCCACAAAGAUCAAAUCAAAGGGACGCAAACAAAGAAAAAAGCAAACGCACAGGACAGGCAGAGCAAAGAAAUCAAACAACAGCAAGUUGUUUGCCUUUUAGUUCGUGUUACGUUUUCCCCUUAUUUUGUUACAUUUUCCCAAACGUUUGGGGCCUGCCCCAGACAGCCGUUAGUGCGCAACAAGUUGCCAGCAGUGCAAGCAGAGCAGUUCCAGCAGCGCGUGACAUCGAGUGAUUGUUCGAGGGAACAUCCAACAAAGAACAUUCAUAAAAACCACACAAUCUCGUUUAUUGGGCUUUAGGCCAUUGUAUGGAUCAGUCUAAACCAACAACGAAAUUUGGAGACGAGCCGGACCUCCUGUUCAACCGAGCGCAGGGCCGGAUUAGUCUGUACAGUCUUGGAGCUGGAGCCACAAUCGCUGCCAUUCAGGCGAUCACCGAACCUUUGAAUUCGAGCGCUAACGCAACGCGACAAGUCGCCAACAUUCAACUAGAAGCAACAUUCAAUGACUGCGAAAGUGGCUAUGUGCCCACCGUGGGCCGUUGGGGCUCGGAGUGGCCAACAGCAUCGUCAGUCCCCGUCCAUGGGGAUGGUGAUGUCGAUGCUGCCGAGGAGGGUGCCGCUGCUGCCGCCGCAGACUCUGACUCAGAGCAGCAGCUGGCGGAUGCGUUGCGUGGAUUGGGACUGACUACGAAGUCGCCCUUCGCACAUGAUCAAUCCGGGAAGGCAAGAGGCACUGGCACAGUUCGGCGAACGCCCUCCACCUCGAGUGAGGACGAUUACGACGAUGACGAGGUGCUACAGUGGCUGCCAGCCGCCGACCUGACAUCGGUGGAUGGAUCGGAGCGUUACUCCGACAUCCGGCAGCUGCUGGCCCGACAGCAGCCGUUCCUCCCGGACGACUCGCAGCACUCGCUCGGCGCCCAAGAUUGGGCUGUCGGCGAUGGCUAUGACCUGAGUGCCUACAACCAGAUCAACGGCGUGUGGCCCUUGGGUCAUCCGCUGCCCCUGCCCGAUUGGGCCGAGGCCGGCAAGGGCACCCUGAUCUUUGACAACGUCUGGCAGUACGAGGAGCUCAAUGGCAUUGUGGAGACGACGCUGCAGCGCAUGCUCGAGGAGACGCACUACAACACGGUCAAUCUCUUUGUGGACUUCUAUCGGAGCUUCAAGCGCACUCGCCGCUCCGAUCUGCGCAGCUUUUUCCAGUUCUACGAUGUGCCCAUCAAUCGCCGCCACCACAUGUGCGUCUCGCUGGCCUUUGAGAUCAUGGCCAGGAUGGUGCAGAUGUUCCCCGUGCUGGCGCAGUACUUGUACGUGGUGUCCUGCGAGGAGCAGGUGAUGGACUGCAACGACUACGUUCAGCUGGAUGAGGAGUACGGCCUGAACUCGGCCAAUGCGGCUGUGGAGAAGGAGCACGUCAUGGUGGCCAUGCGCAUAGCCAUUGGCGGGCGUCGCGGUGUCAUGAUACUCGAUCCGGGCUACCACGUGAGCCGUGCGGUGACUGUAAUGAUGGAUCAGAGCUAUCCACAUACGGGUUGGUUCACACAAUCGAAGGAGCCGCAUCUGCAGCGGGACUACUGCUACGCGUACAGCCAGCACAGCGGCAAGUUUGUGGAGUGGAAGGAGCGUGAGAUACGCGGCGAGAAGACCAGCUACAAGACCUCGCUGGUCUACGUCGCCCAGGAGUACAUCACGGCCAUCGAUGUCACUGUGCGCCGCAAUCUGGUGUACAAUUUCCGAUCGCUGCUGUCGCGCGAUGCCAAGGGUCAGGUUUAUGCGGGCAUCUACUUCCCGCUGGUGGCCAAUGUCCAAGAGUCCUAUCUGACCAUCUUCUACGACGGACCCAACGAGCAACGUGUGCGCACGAAGCUCAUGUUUAGUGCCUUCAAAGUGGGCAAAGGCAAGCUACCCGACUCCAUUAGCCACCAUUUGGGGAAGUUGGCACCGCAGUUGAAGAUGCCGUUGCAGGAGCUCACGGAGCUGUGCAAGUCGCUGGCCGAGGUGGUCACCGAUCAGAACUUUAUUGGCCAGGUGCUGUCCAUCAAUGAUGACAUUGGCAACAUGUCCGUGGAGAAUUGACGGUUAAGGGAGCCUAAGGAUGUCGCUGCAAGAACGGACGAGACGGAGAAGCAAACCGACGCAGCAGCUGCAACUUAGAGUUCCAAAAUUAUUUCAAAUACUUUAUCCUUUCCACAAACACACAGUAAUAUUCUUUUAGUAGCACCUAAACACACACAAACACACACACCCACACAAUUAAAUAAUUAUAUGAUGUAUACACACACUCGCACACACACCUAUAUCUUAAAAGACCCCCAAAGUCGUAUGAGUUAACCGGAAAGUUAAUCAAUUAUACAAAAAUUACACUUGUACGAAAAUUUA